CCCGGGAAAUCUGAGUUUCGCGGGAGGGCUCUUGAGCGCGUAAACCGUAUCCCUUCAUUCAUCAGGCCGUUUCCUGAAGCCAUUUCUAGACGGGGGAAACGAGAGUUGCGCUACUUUUUAAUCCGUUGCAUCUGCCUAAAUGCACUUUCUUAAGGAAAAAUACUUUACAAAAGUCGAUGAAUCAGACUGUCAUCUUUACUUGGGUGUGAUUAUUUUUGUAAUUAUUGCGGCGGAUUAGCAGCCAUACAGGCUUGAAAGUACAGAGACAAGAAAGGGGUUACCCCGAGUACGCAAGAUGAGAAGAGGGAUCUCCUCGGCUCCGGACAAAGUGAUUUUAGCAGGGGUUGGGGGCUCUCCUCUGGACAACAAUAUAAUUUUAACAACUCUCUCGGAUCGUUUAAACCCCGGUCAAUCCAACGCUACGUUUAUCCAAAUAAUUACAACCCCACCGCCUUGCAACGUUACACAGACAUCCAAUGUGUGUUUAUCUGAACCCCAGAUAAACAAUAUUUACACAACUCCACAACAAGCUGCAGCAAACGGAGCAGGACAACGACCCGCUCUGGGAAGACCGCCGGCAAAAAGGCGGUUGGCGCUCGAUGAUUCUGACCACCAGUACCAGUCAGAACCAGCCAGGACUCCAAGAGGCAGAGGAGGGACUGCAACGGCCAAUGGGGCAAGGCUAAAGACACCCAGAACACCCAAGUCUCCACCAGAGAAGACUCGGUACGACACCUCCUUGGGCCUGUUAACAAAGAAGUUUGUGGACCUUCUUGCUCAGUCUUCUGACGGCGUUUUGGACCUCAACCUUGCCGCUGAAACCUUGCAGGUACAGAAAAGGAGGCUGUAUGAUAUCACCAAUGUACUAGAAGGCAUUCACCUCAUCAAGAAGAAAUCAAAGAACAACAUUCAGUGGAUGGGCUGUAGUCUGUUGGAGGUAGAGGGAGCACUGAGCCAGAGACAGAGACUGACAGCGGAGGUUUCUGCACUGGGAGAAGAAGAGCAGAGACUUGAACAACUCAUCCAGAGAUGCAGCCUCGAUAUGAGACACAUGAGCGAGUUGCCAAGCAACCAGAAAUAUGCCUAUGUAACGUACCAAGACAUCAAACAGCUGGGAAACCUCAGGGACCAGACUGUUAUUGUUGUCAAAGCGCCCACAGACACCAAACUAGAAGUACCAGACCCUGAUGAGAGUUUGUCCAUCCACCUGACCAGCACUAAAGGUCCUAUAGAAGUACUGCUGUGCCCAGAUGAGGAGAAUGACCCGAGGAGUCCUGUAAAAAAUGGCAACAUGGACAUCAAUGGGAACUCUCCUUUCCUUAAAGUCCUUCAAGAUCCCAGCUGCACCACCACUUCUCCCAGCCCCUCCCUGGCUCCACCUUCCUCUUUGGCAGCUGUGUCCGUCACUACUCUCUCCCCCAUCUCGUCCCCUUACACCAGUCUUCUCCAACAGACAGAAGACCAGAUCCCUUCAUCCCUGGGUCCUUUCUUAAACAUUGGGCCUCCUCUUCUGGACCAAGACGACUACCUUUUAGGUUUGGGAGAUGACCAGGGAAUCAGCGACUUGUUUGAUGCCUGUGACUUUGAUAAAAUGCCCUCUCUUGGCCUGGAUGAUCUCCUGUGCAGUUAGCAUGAGGUAAUAGAAAUUGAGAUUAGGUGCACGGGAGAGAUGGAGAAUCAGUGAGGGUUUUUGAUGCCUGUGACUGACUGUAGUUAGUGGAAGCCAAUUCUAAAUAGAUGGAAAGGAAAUAUUGAGGGCUUUUUCAGUCCCAGUGGGACUAAAUGCCAUGUUCUUUCAUGGUGUGAGAGAUAAAUGGUCUUGCAUGAUUUCACACAAAGACACGACUGGUCAGUGUGAAGAGGUAUCCAUUACUCUUUGUCUCAGGCUAUGUAAGGCCUCCAGUGUAGCUGGGCAUUGGGGGACAUCUGAAAUCCUUUGCCAUCUGUUUGGUUAAGUAUAAAUGGGGUGGGGAAGGAUAUCCACCUAUCUGUGUGAUGCAAGAUUCACUUCAUUGUGCAGAGAGACAAACAAAGACAACAGCUUGAAGGAAAACACCUCCACACCACCUGGCAUUAACACACAUCAUGGGUGAGGUUUAGCAUAAAAUCCAUAUGUAAAUGCACCUGAGAUACAUAGAUAUGAUCACCCAAAGCCAUCAGUAGAAUUCCCAAAAAGAGCGAAGAGGAAAACUGCAUUUCCUGUGUUGAAGGAUGCUGUAAAUAUGAGGAUUUGACGGGCCCAUAAAUCUCUGUUUUGGCAAGGAAAGGAUAAGAUUGAUCUGUGUAUUCCCAGUGAUGCAUUUUCAUGUCAGGUGUCCAAAUUCAUCCAGGUAACCUACUCUUAGACAUGUCCUAGAGUUUAAGAUGUGUUAAUGCCAAAUGCUGUGGGGGCUGAGGAGAUUCUGAAGAAUUCUUAAUGAUUGCAUACUAUUACCAAUGAUCUGUGAUUGAAGGCUCAUACUGCUGACUGUUAUGUGGCUGACUGUGGAAUUUUGUGUUCAAAUGUAGAAAAUUUUAGAAAUUAAAAUGAAUAUAAAGAGGGCAAUUUUGGUGCACCACAUUCAUGACUACAGUUAUCUUACAGUUAGGCAGGCUGUGCCUGCUCAGACACUUGUCAGGUUACCUAUUGUGCUAUUUGGCCUUAUAAUCAUAAAGUUAGUAAGAGUGUGAGUAUUUUGUACAUUUAAGCACUAUUUAGAUGUAUUGAGAGCUGCAUGGAAGUUCGUAUACUGUUUUGGAGUGCACAUGACAUAAUUAUCCAAUUUUAACAAAACUGUAAAAUGGCAAUGAAAAUAAUAAGAGUGUGUAGUCGAAAUGCUCUUAAAUACAGAUGUACACGUGUACAAAAUAUUUACAGUAUGCCUCAUGUCUAGUAAUUAAUUUGACCCCCUUGCACACAAUUUGUUUCUCUCUCAUGCUAUAAACUCCAUAUUUAAAAUGGAUUUAGUAGGUGAAGUUAAUAAGGGACCUUUGUUACCUGUUCACCUGAUCAGCCAGUUGUUUACUGAUUAAGUGGGAAACCUCAUAUUUUGUACACUUACUAGAAAUUUACAGCUUAAUUAAUACAAAAAUGUUCAACAUGGGAGCAAAUAUUCUGAUGUUUAACCUUUCAUGGCCCAUGUGCUAACAGCACAAAAAAGCCGCCAUAUCUGGGCAAUGUGGGGUUAAGCGAAAACACCUGAUGUAUGUGUAUAAAUAUGGCCUGAUAGCACACAUGAUGUGCAAACUUGAAUAUCAACUCAUACUCUUAUGGAUACUUUGUGAAUUCAGGACCCAGACUUUCACUUUCUUGCUGCUUUUUGCCUAUCUCCUCCAUCUUCAUCAGCAGAAGCUGCCAUAACCAAACUUCCCCUAAUGCCUCCACACUUAGACUGUGCGCUGUGAAAUUACACUGUGGUUUGAGCUAAUCAGAAAAAAAAUGGACUUUGAACCACUUAUCAAUGCACUCUGCCUACUCAGUGUGGGAUGAGUGUGUACUGAGUAGACAGUGUAGGAGACAGGUUAGGCGCGUAUUUGUUUUUUUGUUUUUUUUUUAGGUUUAAUAAGAGUUGAAUUUUAGUGGAUUUUAAUACUAUAGAAAUAAGUAAUGAUAUCACGGUCACCUAAGCAACAAGGGGCCAGAUUGCCACUAAUUUGGGCUUCAGCAUGUAAUGAAGGGCUUUUUCCCUCCAGGAUGUUUUAAAAAAAAUGAGAAAAUGGAAGAAAAAAAGACAAAUAGACCUGUUUUUGUAAUUGGAGCAAAUUCAGUGUAAUCAAGCUGUGUUCCUGGUAAUCUUGUCAUGUGUUGUCUGGGGCCACUGAAUCUUCAAACAGUGUCAAGGAAAGCCAGCUAGAGGACUUUGUGAACUAAGAUCUGUAGGGAUGUGAUUUUAUUUUUCUCUCUAGGUAUUUGGAACACCAUUCUUGUUCACUUCUAAUAGCUUUUUCUGUUUGAUUACAUCCCUGAUGAUAACGAAACGCAAACAUCUUGUCUGAAACCUUGGCUUUUAAUCUAGAGAAACCUGUGGCUGCAGGUAAUAUUGCUGCUGUUAGUGUUAACUUUUCCCAGACCUGAUUGAUGUGCGCUUGAGUAAUUGCGUGUGCAGCAUGUGUGAGUUAUGUCAAAGAUCAAGCUUGCUAAAGAGUAAGCCUGCCAUGUGUAAAAUUAUGUACAGUUUUCUAAAAUUUUCAAUGCACAAGGUACUGUAGGCUACCUCCCACUUCAUGUUGGAUGAUAGUAAUAGGGCAUAGAGGUAAAUGCCAUUGUGUGUAUGAGUCUUUGAAUUCCCUUUUGUCAUAGAAAUUGCCCUUAUAUUAUUUCGAUGUGAUGUUGGAUAUUACAUCGCACUUUUCUCUUUUGAUGUGUGCGAGAUUCCCCUCAUACCCUGAUAUAACAAUGAGUAUGCCUUUGCUCUUAAACCAGUCUCAUGCUGUUGCAUCUUAAUAUUGGGGUGCACAUUUGAUGGGUAAAAGCAGACAAAUGUAUUGCAAUAUUGUUGUGGUUUUGUUGUUUCGAUAUUUUUCAUAAGUUAUUUUGUUCUUUUGUCAGUGUUUUUUUUUGUUUUUGGUAAAAUGUAGAGCAUCUUAGACCCAAAAAGUAGUACACAUUUAAUAAUGCAUGCAUGCAGUCAUUCAUUCACAGUUAACCCGACUGCCCUUUAUUGGUCAUUAGGAGACAUUGCUAUGUCUAUAUACACCACUGAACCAGGAUCAGUGACUUGUGUCCUCUGCUGAAGUGUGUAGGGGGCUUUGCUUCUGUGACACUGUGUGUCGUUUUAUUUUUGGAAUGAUGAGAAGGAGUCUGUGACACUUUUGGGUUUGUUUGUUUUUUUUUUUGUUUUUUUUUGCAUUUUUGCCAAUUUCACUUUGAUGGAGAGUAUUGAAGCCUGUUGAAACAGCAUUUUAAAUUUGCAAAAUCAAAACCCAAAACGGUUUCUUAGUCAGCAUAACUUUGCUUAAUUAGUGUUGCUAUCAUAAGUGAAUGAAAUUUGACUUAAAUGCACAGAAAUGUCAUCAUUUCAUAUGUAUUUAUGGAAAAGUCAAGCUCAAUAUUUUUCCCCAUUUGGUUCGCUAACCACAGUUGUGCUAUUUUCUAAGAUCAUUUACAUAAUUACAUUUUCCUCCAUCUGUUUCAAGCGACCAGAAUCUGGUCACAAUAUUUUAUUCACUUUUACAUGAUGGAAACAUGAUUUUUGGAAAGAUUGUACUUUCCAUGGGUUUCUAAUGGAGUGUGAAAGAUUUUAAUGCACCGCUAAAGCUAGUGUCAUUGCCAGUGACACUGAAAAUGUAUUAUGGGUGACUUAAAAGUACAGCUCCUUUAUUUCUAAUGUUUGAUUCUGAUGUGUGAUUAGACCUUACAGAAAGUUAUCAUUAGGCUAAAUGUGGUGUUAACUAUUGUCAAGACUGACAAAGCACUGUUUUUCCUGCUAUUUUCCUAUGGUUAUUCUUAAGCUGUUACCAAAUACAACAUACUGAUCCGUAAAUAUUCUGUGAAGGUUAUGGGAAAAGUUAACAAUUUGAUACGAAAGAAUUUACUGUAAAAUUAUAUUGCUGCCUAUUUCGACUAAUUACAGAAAAAAGAGCUGUAAUAUCCAUUACUUUUUUCUUUUUUUUCAAUUUGAACAUGGGUGAAAGUAUCAGUGUGCUGUUCAAGGUAAACUAAUGUGAUGAUUUUUGGUGUUACUCAUUUAUAUAAGUUUCUUUAACAUCUGUUAAAUGAGGAAUUUGAGUUGCAUUUGUUUGGGGGGAGGCAUAAAGAUUUGUUUUUUUUUGUACUCUGGAUGUUUGUAAUUGAAAAUUUGAAUAAAGGCAAUAUAAAUAUA